GUCUUUAUAUGUAUCUUUAUGUAAAUUGUGCAGACUCGCGGAGAAUCCGUUCGCGACCUCAUACGUUCGCUUCGAGUGAUACACGACGCUUGUCGCGUCAGUCCUCAAAAUGUUACACAGAACUUUGUUAUUUUUUAUCAUAGUCAACAUUGUAUCGGAUUAUUCAUAUGGACAAAGAGACAAAAAAUUCUUCCGUAAGGAUUAUAAGUAUUUAGAGGCAGUUGAAGGUUUCUAUAAGAUCCACACGUUACAUAAAACUUGGCCUGAAGCGAAGCGGGUGUGUGCAUUAGAAGGGGCCAGUUUAUUUUACCCAGAAAACGACGAUGAGGCGCACGCGGUACUUUCCUUUUGGAACGCUACCCAACCAUACCGUUGGGUGUACGUGGGAAUAUCAGAUUUAAUAGUAAAAGGAGUUUUUGAAACUAUUGACGGUCUACCAGUAUCAGACGUGUACAACAACUGGGGUCCAGGAGAACCGAACGAUGCUGGCGGUGUCGAAGACUGUGUGAUACUGAGACAAGAUGGCACCCUUAAUGAUGACCAAUGCACUAAGAAGUUCCCAUUUAUAUGCAAAAAGAGUCUACAAUCUUUGGAAUGGAAUCAGAGGUGCAAUUUCCCCAACUUAGAUUACGUGUACAAUGAGCAGUUUGGCAGAUGUUACAAGUUCCACCUAACCCCAAUGAACUGGACCGAUGCUUAUGCUGUAUGUAAUGCUGAGCAGUCAUACCUAGCUGUUAUCAACACGCAAGAAGAAGCUGAUUAUCUCGUGGCCCUAACAGAAUCCAAACCCAAAGACAGGGUACCAGGGAACUUCAUGAGAGGUGCCGUUCACUUGGGCUUCCAUAACAGGGCUAAUGAGGGUUGGCAGGCUGUUAGAGGUACAGCAUUAGAUGACACUGGGUACACGUGCUGGGGCACAAAUCAGCCUGAUGGAGGCGACCUGGAGCAAUGUGGGUCCAUGUUUUACAAUGGACUGCUGAACGACAUUAGUUGUGAUACGAAAGCCUUCUUCAUCUGUGAACAUGAGGUGGAUUCUCUAAGUUCCUCAUUGGAUGAUCGUUUUGGAGACGCCGUGGUUUAACUGGUCUGUAGACAGAUUUAUGACACACAAUAGAAAACACAUUGUGUCUCGCGUAGAUCUAUCUGUGUUCCGAUAUACAAUCCUAACUAGAUUUCAAUCUUUACUCGUUUUGACUGGAUCUAUGCGUUUAUUAUUAUUAUUCAGUACUCUAGUUUAAGAUUUCAGUCACAAGUCAAGUCAGGUUUUUCAUUUGCUGUUUGUUAAAUUGUUAUAAUAUCAAUAUUACAUUUAUUUUAUGUUUUAAAUAAAAUACUUGAUUGACUCGGCCAUCGCAUGAAAACACAAGUAUACCGUACCUAUUAUUGUUGACAUUAAUUUAUCGUAUAGUCUAUUUGUUGUUUAGUCUAUUUCAUGAUUACAGAUCACGAUGGUCUAUUGCUUGAUUAAGUGUGAUAGCCAAGUCGGAUCUAUUUUAUUUAAAACAUAAAAUGAAUGUAAUAUUGAUAUGAUAACAAUUUACGUAAUAACUUAAGACAGAAGGUCCCUUAAGUAGGGACUAAAUAAAAUAACCGACUUGGUAUUACAUGGAUCUCAAAACUGUUUACGGACAAACUGAGGUGCGAGACUUAGGCUUUUUUACAGGAUAUGUUUUUGAUGGUUUAUAUUUACUUGAAUACCUACGAAAAGUCUAUGUACCUACACUCUACAGACUGCUAAUUUAUCUAAACAACUGAUGUUAAUUUAAAAUCAUCAAAUAUGGAUGGAUCCUCACUUUUGACAGAAACUCUACAGAACUAAUGUCAAAAAUCGACCUGUCGUGUAAAGAUUUUGAUCUAACCUAACCUAACUCAAUUUUAUGACUGUUUCUUGUUUAUUUUAGUGAUAUUUUAAUAGAUUUACAUUAAUACAACGUGUAACAAAAUAACCAUAUACAUCAAGAAGCGCUGAAGAAUACAGGUUGAAUAGAAUCCCUACACGAAAUUUCAGUUUAAAAAAAAUAAAAAAAAUAGAAGCGGUGCACUUGAUAUGUAUACCCCCUUUAAGUUACAGGUUGUAUAUAUGGGCUAGUUGCCACUGCCAAACCAUUAUUUACUAGUUUAUCGUCUAUUGUAAGCUACAGUUAUAAGAUUAACAGGGCUUUAAGUAGUAACAGCGCCAUCUAGUAAGGACUAAGGACAUUAAUGAAAAUACUCAUUGAAUAAUUAUAUACAAUUUUAUGAAGUGGAGAGUUAUAAUACUUUUUUGAAUAUGAUUGUAGUACUUAAGUAAAAGGAAACCAUAUUACCUGUCGUAGAUAUUUUAUAACAAAAUUUUAAUUGUGUCUUUCAUAGUUGGUAGAGUAAAACUAAUUUAUACUUGUUAAAACGUAUAUUUGGUACGAGUAUUAUAAAAAAUGUAUAAUAUAAUUUUGAAAAAAUAUCACUAUGACAUUAUAAUUAUA